GGUCGACUCGACUUGACUUCUUCUCGCUCGCCUUGUCCCUUGACUCCUUGCCAUUCACUUCCCAGCAUGCCUCGUCCAACAGCACCCCUACGCAUCUCAGCAUCCACUUCCACUCGCGCCAUCCAUCCAGCCCUGACUGCAGGUCAGCCUCUACGUCCUCGCGUCACCACGUCCAACGUCCCUGGCCCACGCUCCCAGUCGAUCCUACAGGACCUCAACAGGAGCGGAGACUUUCGCACGUCCCUUGUAGCAGUAGACUACGCAAAGAGCAAGGGCAACUACCUGACCGAUGCGGAUGGCAAUCAGCAUCUGGACUGCUUUGGGCAGAUCGCUUCCAUAAGCGUGGGCUACCGAAAUGAGCAACUCGAGGCGCUGGCUGGAAGUGAGCGAUUCAGGAUAGCUGCCAUGAACCGGCCGGCAAUUGGAGUCUUUCCCCCGCAUGACUGGAGAGAGAUCCUCGAGGCUGGGCUUAUGAAGGAUUCGGUCCGUCCGCGGGGGUUGACUCAGAUCUUUACGGCCAACUGCGGGUCUACGGCCAUCGAGUCGGCGUACAAAGCCGCGUUCAUGGCCUACCAGCACAAGCAACGCGGCCACUCCGACUUUACCGCGGCAGAAAAUGACUCGUCUCUCUUCAACUCCUCGCCUGGUUCCCCCUCACUCAGCAUCCUCUCCUUCAAGACGGGCUUCCACGGUCGCCUCUUCGGGUCCCUCUCCACCACUCGCUCAAAAGCUCUUCACAAAGUCGAUAUACCCGCAUUCGAUUGGCCUGCCGUGGACUGGCCCCAGCUGCGCUACCCGCUUGAGGAGAACGAGGCAGAUAACCGCAAGGAGGAGGAGCGAUGCAUCGCCUUGGUGGAGGAGACCAUCGAGCGAUGGCAGGCAAAGAGCCCAGUAGCGGCCGUAGUCGUGGAGCCUAUCCAGUCAGAAGGCGGUGACAACCACGCCUCGCCCUUCUUCUUCCAGCGCCUCCGCGAAGUCACACGGCAGCGCGGCGUCUACCUCAUCGUGGAUGAAGUCCAGACGGGCGUCGCGGCUACGGGCACCUUUUGGGCGCAUGAGAAGUGGAAUCUCCCUCACCCGCCGGACGCAGUCACUUUCAGCAAGAAGAUGCAAGCAGCAGGCUACUACCACACUGAAGAGCUUCGCCCAUCGGCCGGGUAUCGCAAUUUCAACACCUGGAUGGGAGAUCCGGCGAGGGCAAUGCAGGCCAGCGAGAUUGUCAAGAUUAUCGAGGAGAAUGGGCUGGUUGAGCAUACGGCACAGGUGGGCGCGCAGCUGUACGAGGCGUUGCGUGGUCUCUCGGCGAGGCAUCCCGGAUUGAUCCAGAACUUGAGAGGCAAGGGUCAAGGCACCUUCCUUGCCUUUGACUGCGAGACGCCUGCGCAGCGGGAUGAGCUCGUGGGCAGGAUGAGGAACAAGGGUGUGCUCGUCGGUGGGAGCGGGGCGAGGGCUGUUCGGCUACGACCGUUGCUUAUCUUCAGUGAGAAGGAGCUGGAGGUAUUUGUCGAGACGUUGCAAGCCGUGGCGACGGAGAUAGUUGCGUGACGGCCCCCCCGAAGAUGUAUUAUGUUACCCCUCAAUGAGCCUUGAUUCGCAUCUUGUAAUAUCACCACACGCUGCAACUCGAUCACAAGAAGCAACAUGACGAGAGUAGGCAUGAAGAGGAAGCCGGUGCAGGCGAGCAAGGAGGGCCGCAAAACGCGAUCACAAGCAACGCAACGGCCCCAGCCGCAAGGUAGUAGCGCCUCGACACGCGGCGCGCCGUCCAA